AUCGCUCGCUUCCGACAACCGCAAUGCUAUCCAUCCAGUAGCUUCACUCCGGAAGAUCCACUGCAAGAAGCUGUUCUUCUCCUACUCAUUUCAGAAUACCUUGCCAGCCAAGAAGUAAUUUUGAAUAGGUCAUCCGAACUAGCUGAGGCCAGGGUGAGAACGCUCAACAACACGACUGCGGUUUAUGACUUGCUGGCUGUGGCGCUUGUGCGCAAGGGCUAUUUCGGAUUUCUUUCAAAAACCUUGGAACGAUCGCUCAAAUUUUCUUUUCAAGAGUUCCAUAUCUGGUAUCAAUUCGCUCUUUCAUUAAUCAGCGCUCGCAAGCUUAUAGUAGAUUACGAAGUCUGGCUCUUCCUUGCAUGCUAA